UUUGAAAUCAGUUUUACCUAAGGGGUUACUGGUCACGCACUGAGGUCUUCCGAGUGUGAAGCUGUGAUUUAGCGACUCAAACAUCACUUUAAAACAGUCUGACGUUGAGAAAUAUUUGACUCACACAAAGAAAAGUUGGGGCUUUUGUACCUUGGGACUUUUAACACAGUGCAGUCACAUUCUGCAUGGGCAGGACAAUAACAUUUACACAACUUUCAUCUUUGUACUUCUAUAAGCAAUUUUUGAAUUUCUCAUCAUAUUACCACUUAGGACGAAUCCCUUUAUGUUGUUAUAUUCCUCAUAUACAAAUAGAUUUGGUGUUCACUAUCCAUAAGAAAUUGACAAACGACACUGAAUCUUUUUAUUGUUCACAUGAACUUUCUAUACCUUUACCUAAACAAUUCAUUGGCUUACUGAACACCACCACACCUUUGUCCUUGAAAAGUUCAUUUUCUAGGUUAAUAAUUAUACAUGAUAGUAUAAGAUCGAGGAAGACUGAUCAAUCACACACAAUCAAUCACUGCUUCAAUAGAAAUCAUGAGAUUUGUAGCUUGUUUCCUUUUCUUGCUCAUUGCAAUCGGUCCAGCACAAUGUGGGAAUGUUUUAGUUUAUCCAACUGAAGGCAGUCAUUGGAUUAAUCUCAAGAUUGUGUUGGAAACAUUGGUGGACAGAGGACACAAUGUUACCGUUCUGCUGCCAGAUGCCGUGAUGGUAAUGAACGUCAAAGAGUCGGAUCCCUUCAAUCGUGUGGACUUUAAUAUGUCAAUUUCUUCUAAGGAGAUGUUUGCUUUCAUUGAGGAAAUGCUGCAGUUAUCGAUGUAUGAGAUUGAAAAAUUAAACCCACUCCAGAUUAUAAUUAAAUUUUACCAUCUUGGCUCCAAACAUCUGGAUAUGGGUCUUUCUUACUGCGACGGCAUUCUGAAAUCUCCAGAGUUGUUGGAUAAAUUGCAACAGGGGAAGUUUGAUGUUCUUUUGUCCGACCCAAUGUUCCCAUGCAGUGAUAUAUUGGCCGAAAAGUUAAACGUUCCCUUGGUGUUCACGUUUCGAUUCUCCAUCGCUAACGCUGCAGAGAGGUUGUGUGCUCAGAUCCCAGCUCCACCUUCAUAUGUACCAGGAGCCAUGAGUAAACUCACAGACAAGAUGAGUUUUACAGAGCGAAUCAUGAGUCUGCUCUUCUACCUUUCACAAGAUGCUUUUUCCAAAAUUAUGUGGAAAAAGUUUGACAACUACUACACUGAAUAUUUAGGACGACCCAGUACCUAUUGUGAGAUGAUGGGUAAAGCUGAUAUCUGGUUAAUCAGAACCUACUGGGACUUUGAGUAUCCAAAGCCAUUCCUGCCCAAUUUCAAAUACAUCGGAGGGAGUCACUGCACCCCUGCCAAACCGUUACCCAAGGAUAUGGAGGAGUUUGUGGAGAGUUCAGGAGAUGAUGGGAUAGUGGUGUUUUCUCUGGGGUCUAUGGUAAAAAAUAUGACCAAAGAUAAGAGCAAUACAAUCGCUUCUGCACUGGCACAGAUACCUCAGAAGGUCUUAUGGCGAUACAUGGGGGAGAAGCCUGAUACUCUUGGACCAAACACCAGAAUCUAUGACUGGAUCCCUCAAAAUGAUUUAUUGGGUCAUCCUAAAACCAGAGCAUUUAUAACUCAUGGAGGCACUAAUGGUAUAUAUGAAGCCAUAUAUCACGGUGUACCGAUGGUCGGCAUCCCGUUGUUUGGUGACCAGCCUGAUAACAUGGUCCAUAUGAAAGCCAAAGGAGCGGCUGUUAUCAUAGACUUCAACAGUAUGAAGACUGAAGAUCUGGUGGAUGGACUCAACGCUGUCAUUACCGACACCUCAUAUAAAGAGAAUGCUAUGCGGUUAUCCAGGAUUCAUCAUGACAGACCGAUGAAGCCUCUGGAUGAAGCAGUUUUCUGGAUUGAGUUUGUCAUGCGUAAUAAAGGUGCUAAACAUCUGCGUGUUGAGGCUCAUAAUCUUACCUGGUAUCAGUACCACUGUCUGGAUGUGUUUGCUUUUCUAUUCACUAUUGUGACUGCAGUCCUCUACAUCUUCUUUAAAAUCUGUAAGUGCCUUAUAAUACGUUACUGUUUUAGAUCAAAGCAGAAAAGCAAGAGGGAGUGAAACAGAUUUUAAUAAAGAUUUUGUAAAUCUUAUAUAUUCUUGGCACAAACACUAUGUCUAUAUACACUAAUACUAACAAAUAAUAAUUAAAAUGUUAAUAUCUUUUUAAAAUUCAGAUUUAAAUGUUUAUUCUCCUACAUCACAGGAUUAAACCAGCAAUUAUGAGAUGCAUGGUUAUCAAUGCAUUGUAAUAUUUAAUAUAAAUAUUUGCUGCACUACAAUAUAUAAUGAAUUGAGUGUGUAUAGUAUAUAAAUGUUUAUGAAUAAUAGAAUAAAAUCUUUACACACCUUUUGACAACUUUAAAGGUAGUUUUCUUAAUAUUUUGCCAAGUAUUGUGCUGUCUAUGGUGGUAUAUUCCGUUACCAUACAAUUUAAUUUCAGACGUUACAGAUUUUUCUACUCUGUGUACUUCGCGGUUUGUAAAUAAGUGUGCGUGGUCAACGCGGCAAUCGCGUUGAAGAAAACAUAUGAAAUAAUCCACUAAUAACAAAUAAACGAGGAAUUUCUGUAAUUUCAUAAUAAAACCAAGUGAACGCAACGGUUAAGAUCAUCUCAAAACAGACUCCAUGAUCAUCACCUCAUAGCACCUGUCAUAUUUAUAAUCUCCAUAUUUAAAGAUCUCAUAUAGCCUACAGGUAUUUUCCUGUCAGGUUUGUGCAUAUUCAUACUUGUUCGUUUUACAUAUUGCAUAUUUUUAAUAUAGUGUAUGAAUAAAUACAAAAUACAAUGCAUACUUAUCUUCAAUAGCCUAAAAAACAAAUAACUCAUUUUAAAACAAGAUUCGAUCUUUCAAGAAAUAAUCAUUUGUUAUCUGUAGUGCAUUUUCACUUUAACACUAAUUUGAGCUUGCAUUUAGUGAAAGUGCACCUAUUUCAUUGCUAAAACAAUGUUAUUUUGUGUAUUUGGUAUAAUACAAUGUGUUGGCGUUGUUUGUGGUCAAAAACACAUUAUUUUCCACAUACUGUACACGCUGUGACGCCCCUUACCAUGUUUGAAAGAUUUGGUCUCAAUGCAAUGCUAAUAGGAGUUACAGGCUGUGAGUCCACCCCUACUCCUAUUCUAACAACCCCCAACAUCAAUGGAAAGCUUAUAAAUUGACCAUAUGACUCGUUUUGUGGUUCAUGGUCACAAAUGUUGUUAUGGCCUGUAACGUCAUGUUAUCCAUGUUAUUAAAAUAAUGAAAAAUAUAAUCAUUUGAAAAAUGCAGAAAAUAAAAGACUUUGGACACCAAAUGUACCUGCAAUUAUAUAAUCACCCAUAUGUACAUGUGAUAUAAAAUAAUUAGUGAUAAUAAAUUGAUGUAUCUUUUGA